GUCACUUCCUGCGGGACGGCGGAUUUAAGGAGCAGGAUUUCCGCUUUCGCUCCUUUCCGACGGUGACGACCUCCCCACGAGAACAUGCCUCUCGCAAAGGAUCUCCUUCAUCCCUCUCCAGAAGAGGAGAAGAGGAAACACAAGAAGAAGCGCCUGGUGCAGAGCCCCAAUUCCUAUUUCAUGGAUGUGAAAUGCCCAGGAUGCUAUAAAAUCACCACCGUCUUUAGCCAUGCACAAACAGUAGUUUUGUGUGUUGGCUGCUCUACCGUCCUCUGCCAGCCUACAGGAGGAAAAGCAAGGCUUACAGAAGGGUGCUCUUUCAGACGGAAGCAGCACUAAAAGCCCCUGGAAUCAAGAUGAAUGGGAAACCAUCCCAAUAAACACAUUUUGGAUACGUCC